AUGAAAAUAUCAUUCAUACAUCUUUCUUUCAUCACCAUCCUGGUGGUACUUCUUACUGGUUCUAACUAUAUUACUCAAAUAUAUGGCCAAUGUUUGGGUGAUCAAAAAGCCUCAUUAAUUAAAUUCAAGAAUAACCUCACGUUCGACUCUUCUUUGUCAACCAAACUAGUCAAGUGGGAUCAAAACGCUGACUGUUGCCUGUGGCCAGGUGUAAGUUGUGAUGAAGAAGGUCAUGUGCUUGUUCUAGAGUUGGACGAGGAAGCCAUUUCUGGCGGAAUUGAUAACUCAAGCAGUCUCUUCAAUCUUCAACAUCUUGAGAAGCUGAAUAUGGCUAAUAAUACGUUAGACUCUGUUCAAAUACCAACAGAAAUUUAUAAGCUCAAAAACUUGACAUACUUGGAUCUGUCCUUUGCUGGUUUUGAUGGGCAAAUUCCAAUUGAGUUGUCAAGAUUAACACAUUUGGUGUUUCUUGAUCUUUCUUCUUAUAAUUCCGACGAAUUAUCCGACGAAUUACCAUUUUCUCAUCCUUUCUUAGAGCUUGGGAGCACAGAUUUGAAGACACUGGUCGGAAACCUAGCAAAUCUUAGAGAACUUUAUCUUGAUGGAGUGAACAUUUCAUCGAAGGGGAGUGAGUGGUGCUCGGCUGUAUCAUCAUCUCUACCUCAGUUGAGAGUGUUGAGCAUGAGAUAUUCUGGCAUUUCAGGCCCUCUUGACCCUAUCCUUUUAAAUCUUCACUUCCUUUCAGUCAUUCGUCUCGAUGGCAAUGACUUGUCCCAUAUUCCAGAAUCUCUAGUAAAUUUUACAAAAUUAACUACCGUGAGUCUCCGGAGUUGCAACUUGCGCGGUUCAUUUCCCAGUAAACUCAUUCAAUUACCAACUCUACAGGAGCUUGAUUUAUCAUACAAUGAAAACCUUACUGGCACUUUACCUGAAUUUCCACAGGGAAGUGCAUUAAGGGAAGUAGUUCUUAGCCACACGGGUUUCACCGGUUGGCUUCCAGAUUCAAUUGGUAAUCUUAGUAAUUUGACCCGGCUUGCUCUAAGUUCAUGCAAUUUCAGUGGGCCCAUUCCAUUGACUCUGGGAAAUCUCACGGACCUAGUUGGUCUUGACUUGUCAUCCAACAGCUUUAGUGGCUCAAUCCCACUCUUUCACAAGGCAAAGAAACUCUAUAGCAUUGACCUCAGUACUAAUAAUCUAACAGGUCCACUUACUUCUGCUCAUUUUGGAAGCCUUUCAGACCUUGUGUCUCUAUACUUAAGCGAAAAUUCCAUCACUGGGACAGUUCCGUCAGUUCUCCUUUCCCUCCCUUCAUUGCAGAUCCUUUAUCUUCGGAAAAAUCACUUCAGUGGAGAAGUCCAUGAAUUUGAUGCAUCCCUCUCUGUUUUGGAAAAAAUUGAUUUGAGCAGUAACCAUCUAAAUGGAUCGAUCCCGCGAUCUAUCUUUAAACUAAAAGGCUUUCAGAGUCUUGCUUUCGUCCAACUCGCUUUAGUGGGACCAUUAAAAUCGAAGUGA